UGUGAUGAAAGUAUCAAAUGUCUUUACUCCUCCACAGAUCAAGAUGAUGAGCUGGACGUAUGUCUUUCUUCCCGUCAUCUUGGGGGCUGUUGUGUCCUGUCAGGACGUACUCUCUAACCCAGUAGUGGAGCUGACCGUGAGACCAGGAGAAAACGUUACUCUAUACUGUGACUGUAAACUCGCAACUAAAGAAAAUUUUGUUUGGUACAGGAACUGUUCUCAUGAAAAUCAGCCAACACUAUCUCUGAAUUGGGAGGACAGGUAUCAAGGCAUUUUUGAUCAUGGCAAGGAUGGAAGAAAUUUCUUCCAUUUAAAUAUGAUGCGGAACGAUUCGUCAAACUCAUACGACUUACUGAUUAAGAACAUCACUGAUUCUCACCUUGGUCUCUACUACUGUGGAACUGAAACAAAGAUUUUGAAAAAAGGAAACAAGGCGAAAUCUAUCUACACAUAUGGUAAAAUAAUCACAAGGAUUUUGUUAGAUAUCCCUUUAGAUGCCGGUGCUGUAGACUCUGCUGCUCCAGACUGUGGACAGUGCUGGGUGCUGCUGGUCAUCCUGUGUCCCUCCUCUGCUCUUCUCCUCUCCCUCCUCUCAUCCUUGGUCGUCUACCUCCGCUGCAGAAGGAAAGAUGAAGACCUCCAUGUUGCUCAGACAUCACCCAGCAGUAGAGAUGUAACAUCAAUCAGGAACCAGGAUGAAGUUGGCCUGUGUUACGCUACACUGGAUAUCCCUCUACGUUCUCAGAGACCUAAAAAGAAGAGAGUCCAACCUUCAGAGUUCAGCACCUACUCAGCCAUCAAUACUAAGAGGAUGUGACCAUGACCAAGUCUUUAAUACCAAUACAGGGCUCUACUUCCUCAAUAUGACCUCAUCUUUGUGCUGUCAAGAGGACGAAAAAUAUAUAGUUUAGUUAUAUAUACAACUAAUGGCCAGUUUUUAUUUAUUUAUUCAUAUUCAUGCAUACAUAUAUUAUUUAUAUAAAGAAUAAAGCCCUCCUCUCUUUGUUCCUCUACUUCCUCUUCCUGUUUAUGCUGUCUUGAAAACUCCACAUCACAAAUGAUCUCAGAGCUUCUCUGCCCGCAGUACGAGUGGGCUUUGAGAGGCGGUUUGGUUAGGGUUCCUCCCACAAAAAAAGGGUACAGCCCAACAAAAACACAUAGACUCCCCAACAACAACACAAAAACACACAGUAGCAGACACAAACACACAUGUUUGUAUGUAUUGAAAUUGCCUGUGGAUAAAAUGUAUUUGAAAUUGCAUUUUUGAUCAAAUGUAUGAAUGAAUAAAUAAAGUCCAAAUAAUGUGGCAUAAUAAUGUG